AGUGAGCUGAAGUGAGCAGCUCGUCAAACUAAGUGAUUAUCGGAAAAUAAAAAAAGUGCUUAUGGUUUGAAGUUAUACAUGUAGUUAAAACAGCGUCAGUGCUUACGAAGGACCAACAAUCGAGCUGUUUCAACACGACGUCAUCUGCAGAGGACACGGCUGCUAUUUCUAAAAUGGACAGUGACGAUGACCUGGAUGUCUUGACGGCGCUGCUGGCCGAGAGUGAAAGUGUGGGUAAAGACGUGGGCGGCGAGGAGCAGGAGGACGACUUAGACGGCCUGUUUGAUGAAGACGAUGCCGAGGGGGUCGAGUACAACGAGGGCAGCGACGGGGAGGAAGGACACGCUGCCCCAGAGGCUGCAGCGUCAGACCUUUUUGGAGAUGUUGACGAUAUUGAAAGUGAGGAGAGGGACACGGAAGUAAAAGGGGAAGAGGGAGGAGCCUGCGAGAACCUGAACAAGUCCAAGGAGGAGUUACAAGAGGAGCUGAGGCGGAUGCAGGAGCAGAUGGAGAGGCUGCAUCAGCAGUUGGAGGCCAGUCAGAAGGUUUCAUCGCCGCCAGGGGGGAAAAUCAAAAGUGCAGCAAGCUCAGCAAGACCCAAACCGGCUCCGGAGGCCAGACCGACAUCUUCAUCCACUCCAGCCAGAGGAGGAACCGCGACGGCCCAGGAGUCCUCAGACUUUUGCUCUCAGCUCACCAGCGCAGACUCUUUCAAGCGUAAACCUCGAACGGCCCACCAAGCCAAAGCUGGCACGUCACCAGAGGACAGAGGACCUCUGGUGGAGAUAAAGAUCGGCAGCUCCUUCCAGCCGGUGGAGAGCACCAGCAAGGCUUUGGAUCCUCUGCAGUCGCCUCGGGCCUCCCAGAGCAGACCUGCACCAGCCGGACCGUCCAGACCUGCUACUCAUCCUCCUCCUCCUACUCCUACAGACGUGGCCACAGAGAAAUACUCAGGACUGCGGCUCAGAAGGCCGCGGGUUUCCUCCAGCGAGAUGGACCGCAAGAUGGCCGACCGGCGCCUGAUCCGCCUGUCCCAGGUCCCGGAGCGUCUGACGCGGGAGAAGCUGGAGGACAGUGACUGGGUGACGUUUGCCGUGCUGGUUAACAAGGCCACGCCACAGAGCAACAGCAGUGGUAAAACCUUCAGCAUCUGGAAACUCAACGACCUCCACAACCUGGAAGUGUAUGUAUCGCUGCUCCUGUUCGGUGAGGUCCACAAAGAGCACUGGAAGACGGCGCCGGGGACCGUCAUUGGACUGCUCAACCCCAACCCCAUGAAGCAGAAAGACGGAUAUGACGGGGUGAGCCUGACCGUGGACCACCCACAGAAAGUGCUGGUGCUGGGAGAAGCUCAGGACUACGGCACCUGCCAGGGCAUGAAGAGGAACGGAGACCCGUGUUCGCAGAUCGUUAACAUGCAUGAAUGCCAGUACUGCCAGUAUCACGUCAAGGCCCAGUAUAAGAAGAUGAGCUCCAAGAGGGCCGAGCUGCAGUCGGCUUUUUCUGGAAAAGCCCCCAACAGGCUGAAGGGGAAGGGGGGCGGCCUGAGGGAGCGUCUGUGCCAGGACGGCUUCUACUACGGGGGCGUUUCCUCGCCCGCCUGCGCCGCCUCGCUUGUUGCGUCCAAACCAAACAAACCCACCCAGAAAACUCUGGAUACGCUGUUCGUGAGAGGCUCGGCUCAGCUCAUCGACCAGGCCAAGAGGAUCGCCUUGCAGUCGGGUGAGGUUUCAGGUUGCACUGAUGAAUUCAAGAGUCUGCUGUCGGCUCCAACACCAGGAGCUCUGCAGCUGAAGAAGCACCUGACACAGAACAGCCAAAAAGUCCCCAAAACCACAGCGGGAGCUCCACUUCAGUCCAUCACGGCGUCUGAUCUCCUGAAGCAGCAGAAGCAGAUGCAGCGCGACUUCCUCCAGUCCCGUCGUCAGAGGUCGCAGAGCUCCAGCGGGGCCGGACCGGCACCGGUACCGGGUCGGGGUGGUCUGAUGUCCCCGAAGGCUGCGUCGGAGGUUCCCAAGGCCACCCAGAGUCCCGCGGUUCCCCGCACCCCGACGCUGGGCCGAGGUUUCUCGGAGGGCGAUGACAUCCUCUUCUUCGAUAACAGCCCUCCUCCGGCGGCGUGUUCCAACCUGUCGGCCGCUAAGGCGGCUGCGCUGAAGAAGCUGAGGGCCAAGGGGGCCGGGCUCCAGAAGGAGGACCCAAACGGUGUGAAGAGGAAGAGGAGCGACGGCAGUGGCAUCAGCGCCCGCGUGGAGAAGAAUCUGGCGUCACCAAAUGGUGAAUCCCCCAGCAACGAGGAUGAAGAGCCGGCUCAGAAAAAAAAGAAAGAACAGCUGCGCUACAUUCAGUCCGAGGAGUUUCAGAAGAUCCUCAAUGCCAAAUCCCGUCACGGGGUUGUCCUUCAAGCGGCUGAAUACCAGCUGCAGGAACGCUACUUUGACGUUCUGGUGAAGAAGGAGCAGAUGGAGGAGAAGAUGAAGGGCGUCAGGGAGAUGAAGUGUCGAGCUGUCACCUGCAGAAAGUGCAGCUACACCUACUUCAAGCCGGCAGAUCGGUGCGUGAAUGAGAACCACGAGCUGCGGUGGCACGAGGCUAUGAAACGUUUCUUCAAAUGUCAGUGCGGACAGAGAGCCAUCGCUCUGGACCGGCUGCCCCACCAGCACUGCAGCAACUGUGGUCUGUUUAAAUGGGAACGUGACGGCAUGCUGAGGGAGAAAGCGGGGCCAAAGAUCGGAGGAGAGCUGCUGCUGCCUCGAGGAGAGGAGCACGGCAAGUUCCUCAACAGCAUGAAGUGACCGCUGGUGGCUCAAGUCCUCUCCCAGCAUGCUUUAUGUUUUAGUGUCUGUAACUUUAUUGGUUUGUAAUAUUUUUAAAAGUUGAAUUAUGUCUUUAAAAUG